CGAAUAACAGAUAAGAUACCCAACGUCCAAACCCUCUAUGAGCGCCAACCAUCCCGAGAACGCAGUAGUUGGCGCGGUCACUCGUGACGGUCCACCGACUCAGUGGACAGGAACCGCCCGCCUAGUCAAGGGAUGCCAUGGAUGCGACAAAGCUUACCAGUCUCAACAGAAGUCGCUUCAACGCUGCUCACGCUGUAACAAGGCCCUAUAUUGCAGCCGAGAAUGCCAGAUAGAUGAUUGGCCUGAGCACAAGACGAAAUGCAAACUGAAUGCGAAGAUGAAUGAAGAGGCCAAGAAUAGUCCUGACGGUGGGCGAGCAUGGAACGAAUUCGAUGAAUGGGUCUCGUGUCACAAGAGGGUGUUCGCGCUCGUGUUCCAACACGCCCUCAAGCUCGAUACAGAUCCGGAUGCAUACAAGUCUAAAGCCCUAGCCGUAAAGCUCGAGCCGAAGGCCGAUAGCGCUAGUUACCCACUACGCGAAAGGUACAAUGUUGCCUCGGCUGAGGUAGCAGACCUUCACGAACUUCGCGAGGCCGUAGUUGCAGUACUUGGGGACAGACUCGAGACUCUAGACCAGCCUAUGGCGAAUGGUGAACGGUUUGGCGCCAUCGUUAUUUCCUCCCGCUAUGAUUAUUUCCACUUUCAACAUGCGUACCUCAGUCCACCUGAGGAAAUUAAGGCAGCGCUGCGAGAGGCUGCUUUACCGGAGGACUGGGUCUCUUGGCUGGACAGGGCCGUCAAUGAGAAUUUUGAAGCCAGGCUCAAGGGUCCCAAACCGGGUAAGGUACGAAGACGCCAACGGAGACGCCAACGGUGAUUUCAGCGAGUGGUCCCCCCCUUCCUCCAUUCAUCUGAACCCCGUACGGCUAUUGCCUUUGUACAUCAUUUACUCGUUGACGUUAGUAGUGUACUGAGAUCAGUCUUACCCGCGAUGCGCUCGCUCUUACCCAAUGCUGGUAAUGACGAGUGCGCGUAAUAUACCUUGUUGUAUUGUCUGAAGCUAAAUUAAUUAUUAUCUAUAAC